AUGUUUUCUUUGGUUCACGAGCUUGCGCGAAAUACUAAUUACAAAGAAAUCAAAACCGGUACAAAAUUGAUUCAAAUCCCGCCUUUUUCAGUUAAUGGCUGCUCUUUUAUGGUACUGCGCAACUUCCUCUACGGGGACACGUAUCACGAAAUUCCCAUGGUUGUUAGUAUACUUUUGACCCCCAAAACAAACGCCCCACGCCCAGCAAUCGUUGGAUUACUUAAGCGUUACAAAGCUAUCGAUGUUGGCCAGCUCCGGUAUCUUGCAAUUGUGGUAGACAGUGAUGAUGCUUGCCAAAUUUCUAAAGUUAUUCAGCUUUUGCAAUGGUUGGAAGCUAUUGGUGUCAAACAUUUAUGCCUCUAUGACCCGGAAGGAGUGCUCAAGAAAUCCAAGGAAUCCAUCUUAGUGAAGUUCAAAAAUGCAACAUCAUUCGAGGAAGCUGAUGAAAAAGGUUUGCUACUGGACCAGAAACACAUGACUCUAGAAUUUGCUUCAAUCUCUGAUGGAAAGGAAGCAGUGGCUAAGGCGGGUAAUGAAAUUUUCAUGAAGCACUUGAAGUUGGCUAACACUGGUGCAGAACUAAAAGAACAGAUAUUCACUGAGGCUAACAUGGGCGAGGCAUUGAGAGCUACAUAUGGGAUCCUUGAAGUCCAUGAGAUACGGUUCCCUAGUAAAGGCCAUUUACAAGUUCACCAUGGUGCGGCAGAACUAUGGUAA